UCUUUAGCUCUCACUCAUCCAUCUAUCCCGCUCUUCCAACCAAAAAAGGGGCAAAAACCAGAGAGAGCUUUAGGGAACAAUGGCGUCGCAGUUGAUCGAUCAGCACAGAGAGAAGGCAGAGAUCUACCAUGGAGAUACCCUCUGCAAGCAGAAAUCGAUCGAGCUUUUGUCAGAGAUGGAGCUUCCCAAGGGUCUUCUUCCUCUGAGCGACAUGGAAGAGGUUGGUUACAACAGAGAAACUGGGUUCGUGUGGCUGAAACAGAAGAAAUCGACAGAACACAUCUUUCGAAAGAUAAGCAGGAAGGUAUCUUAUGGGUCAGAGAUCACAGCUUUUGUGGAACCCAGGAAAUUCAAGAAACUGAGCGGAGUUAAGAGCAAGGAGCUAUUGAUUUGGAUUACUCUCUCUGAUAUCUACAUCGAUAAUCCUUCUUCAGGGAAGAUCACGUUCAUGACUCCUGCUGGGCUUUCUCGGACAUUUCCGGUUUCUGCGUUUGAUCUUGAGGAAGACGAAGGAGCAGCAAAAGAAGCGGAGAAGGAGAAGAAGAAGAAGGAAGAAGAAGCAGCCAUGGUUUGAUGAACUAUGAAUGAAAAUUAGAAUCUCAGUUUAAAUUAAGUACAAGAAAUAAUUUUUUUUCCUUUUUAGCUUUUUUUUUAGGGUAAAUGGGAUGAAAUAAAUGUUGGGUGUUUGAGAAGACUUGUGAUAUCUUUAUUAUCUUUGGAAUUAUGAAUGGAUUUUAUUCUCUCUC